GCCAGCAGAACCUCACCCCUGUAUUUCUCGUGGCAAGGAGCAAGACCACCUCCUGGGUCCUGUCGGAGGACAGGGAGAGGAUGGAUGGGCUGGAUGCAUGCAAGGGACCCAAUAAAGCAUUCUAUUCUCCUGAGAUCCAGCCUGCCAAGGAGAAGGGAUUCUCUUCCGCUCUGGCCAAGAAUUGCCCCGACACAGGAAGUGACCCCAGGAAACAGACACCAGAAACUGGCAAGAGGCACCCCCACCCUCCAUCCAUCAUCCUCUCCGAACGUCUAGAACAACCAGUAUCUGCAGGUAAUCCCACCACCUGUGUUACCAGGAAAUGUUUAUGCAUCACAUGGGGUUUUGUCCUGAGUGUGUAUAAUUAAUUAUUAAAGAGAUGUUCACCCUGUCAGAACAGUUUAAUGUUUAGUUGGAGGACUGAAACAUUAAAGUUUGUCCCUUGACUUCGCACACUGUUGCCUUGGCGUCGGCUAAAAAAAGAAGAUACAAUUACACGGUAUGUUAACUAACUGGAAUUUAAAUAAAAAUUUGAAAAAUAAAAAGAAUAAGAAAUAAGUUACUUAUAUGGGGAGGAAGGGAAGGAAGGAAGGAAGGAAGAAAAGGAGGGAGGAAGGGGCCAACAGCGUGAUUGCGUUCCAUUGUCCUGACGUUAUGGAGGCUUGGACGUGAACCGUCGCUGUUUGUGACUGCUACCUGCUUUCCUUACCUUCGAGCUCAGGGAAAGGAGGUUGUUGUCAUAAUCACCGAUUCCGUGAGGAAGGGAGACUGGUGAGAUGCAAGAUGAAAGCUAACGUGCAUGAUCCUCCAGCCUGGGUAACCUCGAGGGCCGGUGCAGAAGGAGGCCAUGGGGGCGGGGGCGAACUUAGAGAGGGUGAGAAUAGUGAAGACAGGCUUCCUGGAAGAGGUGGGCCCAUGUGGGAGAGGGGAGAGUAGGGAAGAGGGCAUCUCAGAGGAGGGAGGCAGAUGAAGUUUGAAGGCAGGAGCCCAGUGGGCCAGGCCCAGAGUGGGGCCCACUGGCUCUGUUUUCCCUUUUCCCUGAGAGAGGUUGGGGUCCCUGCCCCGGCCGCGGCCCUGGGCCUUGGAGAGGGCGCUGGACCGAGCUGGGUGGGAGGCCCAACCUCUUCCCGCUCUGGACUCUGCCCAGGAAUUUGCACUGAAAAGAGAAGACGGGCCAAAGUGCAAGCAGGUUGAAGUCAUUUUGUCCCCGUGGAAAUACGCGCUUCUGUCCUUUCCCGAGAGUGACUUGUUCACCACAAUAUCUGGAAGAUCGGGCACAUGGAAGACAAAACACCAAAACGAAGAGAGUCCAUCUCGCUCACAUCUGUGGCCAAUGGUCUGGAGAACAAGGGGGCUGAGCUCUUGGAAAGCCUGGAGGAAGGCCGGACCCCUGGCAACGUCUCAAGCCCUGCAGAGGGUGGGGACAGCUGGACCGAGGCUAGCCCGGAGACCUCAGGACGGCGGAGCCCGUGGCCGGCCCUGAGGGCCCGACGCUCCUGCAGGGAGCACGCACAGCUUUUUCGAUGGAUCUGCUCGGGCCUGCUCUGUACAGCGUUCGCUGCCUUCCUGCUGACUGCCAGCAUCCUGGAUUUCCAGAGGGCCCUGGCACUCUUUGUCCUCACCUGUGUGGUCCUCACCUUCCUGGCCCACAGCCUGCUGAAGAGGCUGCUGGGACACACACUGCUGAGGUGUGUCAAGCCUCUGGGGCAUUACCGCCUGCGCCUAUGGUUUGAGAGGGGUCUGGCCCUUGCUGCUUUCCUGGGCUUGGUCUUGUGGCUGGUUCUGGACACCUCCCAGCGACCUGAGCAGCUAGUGUCCUUUGCAGGAAUCUGCGUGUUCAUCAGCCUCCUCUUUGCCUGCUCAAAGCAUCACCGCGCAGUGUCCUGGAGGGCUGUGUCCUGGGGCCUUGGCCUACAGUUUGCACUUGGACUCUUCGUCAUCAGAACAGAACCAGGAUUUAUCACAUUCCAGUGGAUGGGCAACCAGAUCCAGAUCUUCCUGAGCUACACGGAUGCCGGCUCCAGCUUCGUGUUUGGGGAGGCGAUGGUCAAGGGUGUCUUUGCCUUUCAGAUUCUGCCCAUUGUCAUCUUCUUCAGCUGUGUCAUGUCCAUUCUGUACUAUGUGGGCCUCAUGCAGUGGGUGAUCCAGAAGAUCAGUUGGCUGAUGCAGGCCACCAUGGGCACCAUGGCCACUGAGACCCUGAGUGUGGCUGGAAACAUCUUUGUGAGCCAGACGGAGGCUCCUCUGCUGAUCCGGCCCUACCUGGCCGACAUGACUCUGUCCGAAAUCCACGCCGUCAUGACCGGAGGCUUUGCUACCAUUGCUGGCAGCCUGCUGGGCGCCUACAUCUCCUUUGGGAUCGAUGCCGCCUCCCUGAUUGCCGCCUCCGUGAUGGCCGCCCCUUGUGCCUUGGCCCUGACCAAGCUGGUCUACCCGGAGGUGGAGGAGUCCAAGUUUAAGGGCGCAGAAGGGGUGAAACUGACUGGAGGAGACGCCCAGAACCUCUUAGAAGCAGCCAGCAAUGGGGCCACUGCCUCCGUGAAGCUGGUGGGGAACAUCGGAGCCAACCUGAUUGCUUUCCUGGCGUUGCUGGCCUUCGUCAACGCGGCCCUCUCCUGGCUGGGAGCCAUGGUGGGUGCCCAGGAGCUCAGCUUCCAGCUCAUCUGCUCCUACGCCCUGCGGCCUGUGGCCUUCUUAAUGGGGGUGGCCUGGGAGGACUGCCCGGUGGUGGCGGAGCUCCUGGGGACCAAGCUGUUCCUGAACGAGUUCGUGGCCUAUCAGGAGCUCUCCCAGUACAAGAGUCACCGCCUUGCGGGAGCUGAGGAGUGGGUCGGCACCAAGAAGCAGUGGAUCUCCGUCAGAGCAGAAAUCCUCACGACAUUUGCCCUCUGUGGAUUUGCCAACUUCAGUUCCAUUGGGAUCAUGCUGGGAGGCCUGACCUCCAUGGCCCCCCAGCGGAAGAGCGACUUCUCCCAGAUAGUUCUCCGGGCGCUCUGCACGGGGACCUGUGUGUCGCUGGUGAAUGCCUGCGUGGCCGGGAUCCUCUAUGUGCCCCGGGGGGCCGCGGUCGACUGCACGGCCCUCCUGAACGCAACCGUGGGCAGCAGAAGCUUCGAGGUAUACCAGUGUUGCCGCUGGGCCUUCCAGAGGCCCAGCCCAGAGGUCAGCCGAGGGGCCCUGGACGUCUGCUGUCGGUUUUACAACCACACGAUCUGUGCGUAGCGGGGGCAGCACGUCUUCGGCCUCCUGGGGGCUGCUCGUCCCCACGAAGUGGCUGUCCCCACCCUUCUCUCUCUCACCCUUCCCUCCUGGGGGGGAAGCCACGGGGCUGAGACUCACCUCGGUCACGCGGUUGGGGAGGAGUUGAUGGGGCGAGCGGGCAGAGAGUGGGUGGUGUGGAAGUGAGGGAUGCCCCCCAAUCCUCGACCCCUUCCUGCUCCCUCCCGAAAUGUGAAUUCUCAGGGUCACCUCUGCCUCCUUUUCUCUCCCCUCCGCAUCCAAACAGCACUCUGGUCCCCUUUGUCUCCCCACCGUGGGUCUCUCACGUGCACCCUUCCCUUCAGUUAUGGGGUCCCUCACGCUGGGCUUUGUAGCCGCCUCCCUCCCUCCCUCCUCCUCCUCUGGCACUGGAAUCUUGCCGUGGCUUACCUGGGCCAGACCCUUCCUCUACUUUCAGAGGCUCCCCUGCAGCCUUUGCCCGUAGUGUUCCCAAACUGGUGUCCCGUGGAACACUGUCCCACGAGGUGUUCAGAAGGUUCCGUGAUCCACCAGGCUUGGAAAAUACCGGGCUAAAUAAAGGUACACGGGUUUUGCUUUUGGGUUUGUUUUUGUUUUACUAUGGACUCGCCAAAUCUUGAUCCAGAUAUGACAGGAGACAUUCUCCAAAUUUUUUCGACCAUAAGAACCUUUGGGAUGGGAGCAUCUCUUAGUUGAGGACCCCACGGAACACAAUUCAGGAAAUAGUGGUUAAUGUUCUAAACUGCUUUACAUAAUUGUAACACAAAGUUUACAUAGCACUGUCUGCCAGGCACUGUUCUGGGUGCUUCAUACAUUCUAACUCUCAACCCUGACAACAACCUUAUGAAGUCAGGUUCUAUUAUUAUCCCUGGUUGAGGAAUCAGAGGCCCAGAGAAGUUAAGUAACUUGCACAAAGCAACACAGCUAGGAAGAGGAAGAGGUGAGAUUUGAACCCAGGCCGUCUUAGCCUCACAAGCGGCGUUGAAUCUCUCAGCUGGGCUGCCGGCAUCAGAGGAACUCGGUUGGGUGACUUGCCCUGACCUCCCCCCCUCGGCAUUUCUCCCCAGCCCACGCUUGCUGCUCCAGGGGUCCAGGCUUCUGAGGUGUUUUACGUGCCUCUGCGCCUUCGUUCCUGGCAUCCCCGUCACCCAGCAGGCCCUGUCCCUCUCUCUCUUGCCUGUGCUCCUCCUGCCGACUUCCCACUCCCCAGCGGCUUUGGCGGAGUGACCUGCGAUGCACCUGUGCCUGGGGCCGCCGGGCCGCCGCUCCAUCACUCACCUGUGUCACCUCCGGCUUCCCAGUUGUAGCCCGCCCUGGGCCAAGGCAGAGAGAGGACGUGCUCUCAGCUCAGCACUGCUCUGAUCGCGGGGGCGGGCACAGGAGGGAGGGCUCCUCAGUCAUCGGACCUUCCCUCCACCCCCGUGCUCCGUCCUCCUCACUGGGCACCUGCAGACGUCGGGAGCCCUUUGAGGGGAGGCCUGCAGACAUCUGCUGGUGCCGGAAGCCCGUGCUUAACUGCAUCCCAGGCGCAGCUCUAAGUCAAGAUUGGCACAGACCCCUCCACUUGCCCCUUCCACAGCCGUGACAGACAUUGCUAAUCGAUCACAGCACUCCCCACACUGAAUCCAGAAGGGCCUCCAGAAUCCCCAUCAGUGUGGUGCUGGAGGACCCCACUGCCAAGGGAUUCAGGCUGCCUUUUCGGGGGAGAACUAUUUGCUGCCCCUGUGCUAAGAAAUAGACACUAAGAACCCAAACUGCCAUUGAUUUUAUGUCCCUGGCCUUGGAAGGGCUGGGGUUUUUGGAAAAGACUCUAGAAAUGAAGGACGUUGAAGCAGAGAGGGAUCUUUGCAAGGAAUGAGGCCCGUGCCCGUGAUCUGUCCGCUCCAGGAUUAUGCACUGCUCGCUGAUUCAGUCAAGGAAUAUCCAUGGAGCACGUUUUAUUAGCUCGGGCUGCCAUCACAAAAUACCACAGCCUGGGUGGCUUGAGCAACAGAAAUCAAUUCUGUCAUAGUUUUGGAGGCUGGAAGCUCAAGAUCAGGGUGCCGGCACGAUCAGUUUCUA